AUGUCGGGUCACCUGAGCCAGGACGAAUUUUUCGGCAAGUUAGUCGACCUCUUUGAGCAGUGCAAAGGGAAUGGCCAUGGCUCGAUAUUCCUCGUUCAGAAGCGAUUAUCGUACGAGCAGGGCCAGCCCUCGCCAACGGCCGCCGACCCUUUCCCAGAUCUCCUUCCCGCGACACCGUUGCCUAUUAUCGUGCGUGCGACGAAUGGCAAGUCAAAGAAACACAGGGAUAUCAAGGUCAAGCUAUCAACGAUAGUUGAGCCAGAUGAUAUGGAGGCAUUUUAUGCUCGAUACGCCGACAUCUGCAAAGGAGGCAUGGCGGCGCUGAAGCCGAGAGACCGGAGCAAGAAGAAGGCCAAGGCCAGGAAGAAAAAGGGAGGGGCUAUGCCGACCCCUGCUGCUUCCUGA